GUCCCGCAGUCUGAGAGAAGCGAAAGUAGCUUGAUAACAAAGUAAAGACUGUAAAGAAAUCGAACAAAGAAACAAGAAAACUACGGGGCGUUGCUCACUUUAUUACGUGACAAGCGUAAGUCUUUAAACCGCAGAACGAGUACGUUUUGUUUCCUGUUGUUAUAAAGUUGUCUUCAGUCGACCUUUAAAUGCAGGGGAUCCAGUGACAGCGUAGGACUCAAGCAGAGCGCGCAGAGAGCCACAGACAUGGAGAAUGGGAAGAGCCACCUGGAGCAGGUGCAGGAUGAGGUGGAGGAGGUGAAGGUCAUUAUGCUGGACAACCUGAACAAAUCUGAAGAAAGAACCGGCAAACUGAGUGAACUGGAUGAUCGGGCUGAUGAGCUGCUUCAAAGGAGUAAAGCCUUUGAAAAGACUUCCAACCAAGUGAAGCAGAAGAAACGAGGGGAGAACAAAAGGAUGAAAUUGGUGUUCAUUGGCAUUGGAGUGGUGGCAGGACUCGUCAUACUGGGACUUAUAAUCUUUGCCAUUGUUGGAUAACAUGAACACAGUCGCUCUGUAAGGUCCAGGAAAAUUACCAAGGUCCUGGAUAAAGGUCCAGGAAAGAGGAGCUAUACCUGGUGGACUCCAGCAUCUUCUCUGAGCUGCUCAGUUGGUUAUUUUUCUGUGUUUUAGAUAUUUAUGGGAGUCAGUCGCACUCCUCACUAGUUUAAGUCUUAAGUUGAUGAUGGUACCGUUGAUUACUCGGCUGCUUCUUCUCCUUUUUAUUCUUUUAUUUUCUUGCCUCUGCACAGCCAACAUUGAAAGGACACAGCAGCUGGAUUGAAAGUCCUAAAAGUGAAUGGACAUUCAGAAAAUGUCUUCCUUGUUGAAAUCCAUUAUCACGAUUUGUUAAAAUACUGAAGUUCUCUGGUACCACCCACCUCUUAAAGCAAGACCAUGAAUUACAAAUGUUUUGAAGCAGACAUCACUGCGCUCCUCCUGUUGCUGAAAUCAUUUCAGCAAUGAUUCAGUGGAUGACAGCAACACAGAACAGAACAGCUGCCUAAUGUGUAAAUAUGUCCAAGCUUCAGACAGCUUCAAACCACCACCACCCACAAACAAAAAAAUUAAGAGGGUUUGUGAUUUUCAAUUUCACGUAUAAAAAAAUGUGUUUAAUUUUUCAUUUGAGUGACUUAUUUUACUUUUAAUUGUUUUAACUUUUUAAUAUGGAUAUGUUAAUAAGAAUCAGUAUAAAAUCUGUCAGACUGUUCAGAAACUUGGGUUGGGUUUGAUACAAAUCAGACAAAAUGUUAUUUUAUAUAAAUAUGUAAGUGACAGAACAAUUUAUUAGCUAUGAAACAUUGUAAAUUGCCAAAUAAAAAGUUUUGAUCAA